CUCUAUCUCCCACCUCCUCCCUCCUCUCGCUACCCUCCACCACCAUCACCAACUCCCCCUGUCCCGACUCGCGAGCGCGAAUCCAAGCCUCGAGGCCGAGCCAAGAGCGGGGCGGAAGGAGGGAGGGGGGAUACCUGCGCUUGGCUCUUCUCCCAGCUUGGGAUUCGAAUCCCAAUCCCGAGCGGGAGAAAAGUCUGAGUUAACGCCUCCUUCUACUGCGGAUUUGGAAAAAAUUCUGCGAACAGGCCGUGAUACCAAUUGCCGUUGAGCUAUUAAUUCGAGAGCCGUGCAUGCUUGAUGCUGUUGCCUUCCUGCAAUGUCCCGAAGGAAUGCCGGGGCAAUGCAGAGGGAGGGGUCAGUCAAGGACUGGGAGGAAUUUGAUCCCUCGCCGUCUCCCAAGCUGGCGUACUCGCAGUCCUAUGUUGCUAUGAGGGGACUUCUGACAUCAAUGGCCUCUCUGGACCUUGUCCUGAUGUCUAGCAGUCUCAAGUCUGCUUGGGCAACUAUAUUGUCCCACAAGCAUGCCCGGUCCUUGGAGAGGUCAAGGUCCAAGGGAAUGAGCUGCAAGAGGGCCAUGCUGCACUUAUUAGUGUGCUUCAUGGUUGGUAUCUUCAUUGGAUUCACGCCACCCUUUUCUGUAGACUUAUCGGGGAAGAUAGCUUCUGAAAAUGGGAGGCUUCCAUUUGAUGGGGAUGCCAUUGACAGACAAAUGGUAGAGCAUCAAGGUACUAAGUUGGAGCCAUUCAUAGUGGGGGCUGAAUCUGAAGCAAGCGAUGAGCCACAGGUUGAAGAGAGUCCACCAGUCCCUGCAAUGUUGGAUGACGAGGCAGACUUUGUCGAAGCCUCACCUAUUGUAUAUUCUGUUAGUGAUUCUGGCAUUGCCGCAAAGAAGCAGCUGAUAGUUAUUACAACAACCUCUGUUCGACCGCACCAGGCAUAUUACUUAAAUCGUCUGGCUCAUGUGCUAAAAGAUGUCCCGCCUCCUCUUCUGUGGAUAGUGGCAGAGUGGCCAUAUCAGUCCCGCGAAACAGCAGAAAUACUGAGGUCUUCUGGGGUCAUGUACAGACAUCUUAUCUGCAAUCGGAAUACUACAAAUAUAAGGAAGAUUGUUGUCUGCCAAAAGAAUAACGCGAUUUUUCACAUUAAGAAGCACCGUCUAGAUGGUAUAGUUCAUUUCGCUGAUGAAGAGAGAGCAUACUCAGCUGACCUGUUUGAGGAAAUGCGGAAAAUAAGGCGCUUUGGUACAUGGCCAGUAGCAAUACAUAUUGGGACAAAGUACAGAGUGGUUUUAGAAGGCCCCCUUUGUAAGGGUAAUCAAGUCACUGGAUGGCACACAAACCAGAGAAGGGGUGUACCACGUCGAUUUCCAAUCGGUUUCUCUGGAUUUGCUUUUAACAGCACUAUACUUUGGGAUCCUCAGAGAUGGAACAGCCCCACUUUAGAGUCUAUUAUAGUCCAUUCAGGUGGCAGAGGUGGCUUGCAGGAGUCGAGAUUUAUUGAGAAGCUUGUUGAGGACGAGAGUCAAAUGGAAGGCCUUGGGGAUAAUUGCACUCGAGUUAUGGUCUGGAAUUUCGAAUUGGAACCUCCUCAAGUCAACUACCCUACUGGCUGGUUGCUGCAGAAGAAUAUGGAUGCCGUUGUUCCUAUAACAUAACUGUCCUGCUACUCCCCUUUUUGUUUCCCAUCCUAGUGUGAAUGAUGCCUUCCUGAACUUGGUAGCGUCCAGGAUCAUGAGAAGCUGCACUGCCAAGAUCUGGUUCAAAUAAUGUCAUACUAGUAACAGUUGAAAAGCAAGAAGCCUGACAAAAGAAAGAUUUUCUCUCUGUUGCAUUCUUUUCUAUAUGUUGAUUUUUCCACCAUAUUCAUCCAGCUAGAUAUAGCCAUGUACAUUUCAUUUCAUUUCAUUUUUUUUUGUUUCUGUUUGUUAUAUACAUACAUAUCACCUUACAGAUGUGAAUGUUUACCUCCGUUGGGACUGUUGAAGAGCAAAAACAUACUCUUUGAUAUACAUGAACAAAGGUCAAAUCAAGACUAUAGAUUGGACACA